GUGACAUGUUUCGAUAGGAUUUUGUCUAAGCUUCCAGUGAUUGAUUUUGAUAUUGACGAAGAAAGAGCACUGAACGUGAUCGACAGACUGGGUGUGAUAAGAACCUUUGGUACUUUGGAUUCGUUUGGGUGAAGUUCCAUGUGAUGUAGAUAUCUUUAUAUAGCACCAAGAAGAAGAAAGACAAACAAAGAAAGAAGAUGAACUAACUCUCUCCCUUCCGAGAGAGAAGGGUUUUGCAUCCUCAGAUUUGUAUCUAUUUCAAGAAUUUUGGUGCUCCUCCACUUUUAUGAAAGAGAUAAACAUUUUUCAGAAGCAGUUUCAAGCAAAAGAUAAUGAUAUUAUUGUUGCUAGUUUUCCAAAAUCAGGUACAACAUGGUUGAAAGCCAUUGCUUUUGCCAUUGUGAAUCGCCAAUGCUUCUCCUCCAUUCAUAACCAUCCAUUGCUUUCUUCCAAUCCUCAUCAACUUGUGCCUUAUAUUGAAUUCAUGUAUCCUGCUAAUAGUCAUUUUCCAACAACUGAGCCAAGGCUUUUGGGAACUCACAUUCCAUUCCCUUCAUUGUCUAAGUCAAUCAUAGAUUCUAAUUGUAAGAUAAUUUAUAUUUGUAGGAACCCUUUUGACACUUUUAUUUCAGCAUGGCAUUUCUUUAAUAAAGUUAGGCAAUAUUGUUCUUCAUCUGCACUAACAAUAGAGGAAGCUUUUGAAAUGUAUUGCAAUGGGAUAAUUGAGUUUGGUCCAUGGUGGAGUCAUAUGUUAGGUUACUGGAAGGAGAGCAUAGUUAGACCUAACAAAAUUCUGAUACUAAAAUAUGAAGAUAUUAAAGAGAAUGUCAACUUGUACGUGAAAAGAGUUGCAGAGUUUCUGGAUUUUCCUUUCACUCAAGAAGAAGAAAGCAAUGGAGUGAUUGAAAGCAUAAUCAGGUUAUGUAGUUUUGAGAAGAUGAAGGAUUUGGAAGUGAAUAAAUCUGGAAUCGUGUACGAUGGCCUUGAGAAUAAGCACUACUUUCGAAAAGCAGAAAUAGGAGGCUGGGUAAAUUAUUUUUCUCCUUCAAUGACAGAAAAAUUAUCCAAAAUUAUGGAAGAAAAAUUAAGUGGAUCUGGUUUAUCAUUUAAAAUCAUGCAUUCAUAAGAGACAACAAAGAAAUAGCUAUAUGUAUCGUUUGGCACAAAUGUUACUGUGACAUGUUUUGUUUAUGUUCCAUGAUCAGUUGUAUGAAAAA